AUGAGUGACGACGUUCCUGUGGAUGCGAACGAGAACUGUCCGGGCGUGGCAUCGGAGCAAGCAGGAAAAGUAUCUUCGUGUGCCGGGUGUCCUAAUCAGGCUGCCUGUGCAUCGGGCGAGGCAAGGAAACCUGAUCCUGACCUUGAAGCAAUCGCUGAUCGUCUGAGAGCUGUCAAACACAAAAUUUUGAUUGUUUCUGGGAAAGGAGGUGUGGGAAAAAGCGCUGUGGCAACAAAUUUAGCGCGAGCUUUGGCAGCAGAUGACACAGUACAGGUUGGUUUAUUGGAUGUGGAUAUCUGUGGGCCAUCACAAGCAAGGAUGCUGGGCGUAGAGCAGGAAAGUGUCCAUGAAAGUGCCGAUGGCUGGUGCCCGAUUGCAGUGAAAGAUAAUCUGGUGGUGAUGAGUAUUGCAUUCCUGCUGCAGAACAGGAAUGAAGCUGUAAUUUGGCGAGGAGCACGCAAGAAUGCUUUGAUAAAGCAAUUCCUAAAGGUUUUCCCAUUGAUUUUUUUUCCUUUUGUAAUGAGAGAAAGUAGACCGCGUCCGUGA